AUGGAUGGCCUUUCGGGCGCAGCAAGCGUUAUCGCAGUAAUCGACAUAUCCGCCAAGAUUGCGUCGCUAUGCGUCCAGUACUCUAUGGCCGUAAAGGAUGCGAAGGGCGAUAUCGAGCGUGUGCAGAGAAAGGUCAGCGACAUUAACCACGUGCUGAAGAAGAUGAAGCAGCUUCUCGACAGCCAGGACAAGACGCGGCUCUCUGCCACCCAAGGGCUGCUAGAAUCGGUCGAACAAUGCCUGAACGAGCUGGAAACCCUAGACAUAAAGCUAGAACCGGGAAAGACCCGCAAGACUAUAAGCCGGUUCGGUUUACGUGCGCUCAAAUGGCCGUUUACGAGCAAGCAGGUGGACAGGAUUAUUUCGAGCUUAGAAGGAUACGAACAGACCUUUGGCUUAGUGCUACAGGUUGAUCAGACGGCUGUUGUGUUCAGCAUAGACCAGAAACUAGACCUAGCUAAACUACCCGUCGCCCAAGGAGCGUCUUACGACUCACAUACGGAGGAACACAAUGCGCGAUGCCUACCAAACACCCGCACCGUACUGCUGCAUAACAUCGCAAAAUGGGCACAAGAUAAGGAUAGCAAGUCUAUAUUCUGGCUUAGCGGCAUGGCUGGCACAGGAAAGUCCACAAUUGCGCGGACUAUUGCCGAAUCAUUUGCCAGGCGCGGCCAGCUAGGAGCAAGCUUCUUCUUCAAGAAAGGUGAGGGCGAGCGUGGCAACGCCUCACGGUUCUUUACUACCAUCGCCACGGAUCUAGUCGCCUGCGAGCCAGGGAUGCUGCCUAGCGUUAGGAAGACGCUCGACGAGGACCCGGCUAUCUCACAUAAAGCUCUAAAAGACCAGUUCGAGAAGCUUAUUCUACAGCCACUUCUGGGGAUAAAGCAGACUCGCUCGCGGGCCUUGGCGCAAGUUGUCGUUAUCGACGCGCUAGACGAAUGUGAGCGAGAAGCAGAUGUUCGAGCGAUCCUUCAGCUGCUCGCUCAGACGAAGGACAUUCGCCCAGUGCCGCUACGGAUCGUGGUCACCAGUCGGCCAGAACUCCACAUCCGUCUGGGCUUCAAGAAGAUGCCAAACGGCACGUACCAAGACCUAGUGCUCCACGAAGUACCAAGGAGCACGAUCGAGCAUGAUAUCCGUCUAUUCCUAGAGCAUAAGCUUAGUAUAAUACGAAAAGAACGCAUGCUAGCCUCAGACUGGCCAGCCCAACAACAUAUUCUAGCGCUAGUUGAGUUAGCUAUGCCGUUAUUCAUCUACGCUGCCACUGUGUGUCGGUAUAUUGGUAGUAAAGGAGGCGACCCUGAAGUGUACCUAAACAAGGUCUUGCAGUAUCCAAAAACAGCUUUUUCACAGCUCGACCGAACCUACCUUCCCGUCCUGGAUCAGUUGCUUUUUGAGCAGGAAGAAAGAGAUAGAGAAGAUUGGCUGCGCGUCUUCCGUGAACUCGUAGGUAGCAUAGUCAUCUUAGCAAGUCCACUUCCUAUAGGCCCCCUUGCGCGCCUCCUUCAAGUUCCGAAGAAACAAGUCGAAUGCCGGUUAGAUGCCCUGCACUCCGUUCUUAGUAUUCCUGAAAGGGAGGACGUUCCUAUCAGGCCACUCCACCUGUCCUUUCGCGAGUUCCUCCUCGACCCCCAAAAGCAAGGAAAGAGCCCGUUCUGGGUGGAUGAGAAAAGGACACACCAGAAGCUUGCAUCUCGCUGCCUUGAGCUUAUGUCUGGAUCUGGCGGUCUUUAUCAGGACAUGUGCGGCCUUCCAGGCCCUGGAGUACUAAGGAGUGAGGUAGAUGAGCAGACAGUUGCUACUAGGCUGCCGCCUGAUCUACAAUAUGCGUGUCACUACUGGGUUGACCAUCUCAAGCAGAGUGGGCAAGGCAUCGUCGACAGGGACGUGACGCAUCUCUUUCUACAGAAGCACCUUCUUCAUUGGCUUGAAGCUAUGAGCCUUGUAAGAGAAUCGAGCACAUGCGUCAACUUGCUUAACAGCCUUCAGGCAAUUACUACUCCCUCUUCAGAGCUAGUUUUAGACUUUCUUCAUGACGCUAAGCGGUUCGUGUUGCGGUUCCAAUCUGUGCUUGCAGAUUCACCGUUGCAGAUCUAUUACUCAGCGCUAGUGUUCGCACCAGAGAAGAGCCUAAUACGACAAACAUUUGUAGACCAAGUGCCAGAAAAGGUCAAGAUGCUAUCUACGAAAGAAGCCGACUGGGACGCGUGUCGCAGUACGCUCGAGGGCCAUUCCUCAGGUGUUGGCGCAGUGGCCUUCUCGCCAGACGGGCAACUAGUUGCGUCGGCAUCUUAUGACAAGACAGUGCGGCUGUGGGAGGCAGCGAUGGGGACGUGUCGUAGCACGCUUAUAGGCCAUUCCUCAUAUAUUACAGCGAUAGCCUUCUCGCCAGACGGGCAGCUAGUCGCGUCAGCGUCUGAUGACAAGACAGUGCGGUUGUGGGAAGCGGCGAUAGGAACGUGUCGUAGCACAUUCGCGGGCCAUUCUGAGCGAGUUAGCGCAGUGGCCUUCUCGCCAGAUGGGCAGCUAGUCGCGUCAGCGUCUGACGACAAGACAGUGCGGUUGUGGGAAGCGGCGACAGGGACGUGCCACAGCACGCUCGAGGGCCACUCCUCAUAUGUCGGCGUAGUGGCCUUCUCCCCAGACGGGCAGCUAGUCGCCUCAGCAUCUUUAGGCAACUCGGUGGCCUUCUCACCAGACGGGCAGCUAGUCGCGUCGGGAUCUGGCGACAAGACAGUACGGCUGUGGGAGGCAGCGACGGGGACGUGUCGCAGCACGCUGGAGGGCAUUUCCUCGCUUGUCAACGCUGGAUCAUUCUCGCUAGACCAAAACCCAGUACAGCUGUGGGAGGCGGCGACAGGGAGGUAUCGCAGUACGCUCAAGGGCGGUUCAUCGUAUGCCCACGAUGUGGCCUUCUCGCCAGACGGGCGGCUAGUCACAUUGGCAAAUGGGGGCACAACAGUGCGGCUAUGGGAGGCGUCAACGGGGACAUGUCGCAGCACGUUCAUGGGCCAUUCCAUGAAUGUCUGGGCGGUGGCCUUCUCGCCAGACGGGCAGCUAGUCGCAUCAGCGUCUUCUGACAAGACAGUGCGGCUGUGGGAGGUAGUGACGGGGACGUAUCGCAGCAUACUCGAGGGCCAUUUUACAAGUGUUAAGGCGUUAGCCUUCUCGCCAGACGGGCAGCUAGUUGCGUCAGCAUCUUUCGAAGACACAGUACGGCUAUGGGAGGUGGCUACAGGGACAUGUCGCAGCACGCUCGAGGGCCAUUCUAGGAGUGUCAACGCAGUAGCCUUCUCGCCAGACGGGCAGCUAGUUGCGUCAGCAUCUUUAGAUAAGACAGUACGGCUGUGGGAAGUAGCGACAGGGACGUGUCGUAGCACGCUCAAGGGCCACUCCUCAGAUGUCUGGGCGGUAGCCUUCUCGCCAGAUGGGCAGCUAGUUGCGUCAGCGUCUAAUGACAUGACAGUACGGCUGUGGGAGGCGGCGACAGGGACGUAUCGCAGCACGCUCAAGGGCCAUUCCUCAGAUGUCUGGGCGGUAGCCUUCUCGCCUGACGGGCAGCUAGUUGCAUCGGCAUCUUUUGAUAAGACAGUACGGCUGUGGGAAGCGUCAACGGGAACGUGUCGCAGUACGCUCAAGGGCCAUUCCGAGCGGGUUAGGGCGGUGGCCUUCUCGCCAGAUGGGCAGCUAGUCGCGUCGUCAUCUGAAGACAACACAGUACAGCUGUGGGAAGCGGCGACAGGGACAUGUCGCAGUACGCUAGAUAGCCCUUAUGGCUUCACUUCGUAUAUCAGCUUCUCGCCAGAUAGCCGGGUACUUCACACGUACCAAGGCGAUAUCCCUUUACCUCAAGCUAUAGUUGGCACAUCACUCUUGAAGCCAAGGUCGCGGUGCUCGUAUAUUCGAUGUCGAUCAAGCUUGACUAUAGUACACGACCAAGUAGCUUGUCUAGGGCUUAUGUCUGGCCGUGUGGUUUUGCUUAGAAUUCUCUAG